AUGCAGCUCGAUGAAUAUGCCCACUACGAAGUAGUGUGGCAGCUGAAGGGGUAUGGAAUUCUGUCAGCCCAGCUCUUGCUGACGAUCGUAGUGGCAUAUCCGUGCGCCACCAUGAGUGACCAGCUCUUGGAGAAAUACUCCUGGCUCCCUGCUUUGUCUCUCUUCACCAUGCUUGCUUUUGUUCUCGUGAUAAGUUGCUGCAGAGAUACCAUGCGAACUUUUCCCAAGAACUACAUUUGUCUUGGAAUCUGGACUGCUGCCACCGGGACCAUGACCGGGCUGGCUUGUCGACAAUAUUCAGCUCCCAUUAUUCUCAUUGCCAUGAUGAUCACGGCAGUAGACUUCCUUCUUUUGACAGCGUAUGCCUUCACCACGAAGACGGACUUCACUGGGUAUGCACCAUACCUGUGGACAGGGCUUUGUGUUCUGACUCUCGUGAGCUGCGUCUUUCUCUUCUUGUCCAUGUUCGGAAAAGUAUGGCCUCUCGCGCAGAUGGGCUACUGCACCCUCGUUCUGCUCAUCUUCCAGUUCUACGUUAUCUUUGAUACACAGCUGAUGCUAGGUCAGUGGGGCGGCCAUGAACUGGAAUUCAGCAUUGAUGACUACGCUUUCGCUGCCAUGAGCCUUUAUUUGGACAUCAUCAACCUCUUCCUAAAUAUCGUGCAAAUCCUCGGUCUCCGGGAUAACUGA